AUGAAAAGUCAGACAAACACCAGUAAUUUAGUAAAACGUUUCCUACAAAUCUACUCACAGUAUAACAAUAAUGCUGAUAUUGCUGAAAAUGAAUCGACAACUGCGAAAAGUAUUCAACUCAUGGAGCAACAGCAGUACGAUGACAACCAACCAACAAAUAUUUCUUUACAGAUGAAUUCAUUCACGGUAAAUGAUCCUGAAUCUGAUCAUCCUCAUCAUGAAGACCAUAGUUUGGAAUGUUUAUGCCUCAAUUGUAGAUACAUGCGAAAUAAAAAUUCACGUGCAAAGUCCGCGUGUACUAUACGUUCCCAAGAUCCUAUUUUGUAUAAUCUAUUUGGACCAAAAUCGAAAUCUUCACCAUAUCCAAUACCCUAUGAUACAUUAUCCGAUUCAGGUAUAACUAGACUAAAACGCAAUAUUCCUAUGGAUAAUGUUUGGGCAUGGGAUACACGAUAUAUUGGCUACCAGCGUCCUGAAUCUCCAUGGUUGCCUAGUGGUAAACUGUCUCAUUUAUAUUUGAAAAAAGCAAAAUAUUAUGAUUUACAGUAUGCACCAGAUGGUAUACAGAAAUCUCCAUUGCGUAAAGAUAUUAUGAAAAUGUUGAAAUCUCCACGUUAUACUGUCAUAGAUAAAUAUACUAAACUUGUUGAUAAUAACUGGCUAUUUGAACCAAGAGAACUCAUAAAUGAAUGUUUUCCAGAUGAUAUAUGUAUGCCUCACUGCUUUCUAACAGAUUGUAAAAAGUUAACGGAGACACCGUUAAGUAAAACAACUCCAUCUUCAUCGAAUAAGCUGUCACCUUCAUUUGUUUCCCUAUCGCCUAGACUAAAAGUCACUGCUGAUGUAUUAUCAGACAAUGAAAAAAAUCUAACAGAAUCAAGUACACAGAUUGAACCGACAUUUUCUACAUCAACAUCAGGUGAUCUGUCAACAAUUAAAAGAAGAGCAAAAUUUAUUCUCCCGGUAUUGAAUCCGCCACCAAUAUUAUCAAAAGAAAAAUCCGUUCAUUUAAUGCAUAGACAAUGCUGUCAGCGUGUUAUUGCCUUUAAUGAUGCUGAUGGAAUAUUUUAUCCAGGUUUGGUGCAGAGAUAUCUAUCUUCAAAAUUAUGCGUUAUACGUUUUCGUAAAAAUGGAGUAUUAGCUGAAGUACCAACUGCAUUAACUCUUCCUGUUGUUGAUAUGUCACACAAUCAAGCUCUUAUUGAUGGGGAUACAGUUCUGGUUCGUGUGAAAAAUAUGAAUUCCCUAUGUGAAUGUUGGGUACCGGGUAGAGUACAAGGUGGUUUUCUUGGAUAUCCUGAUCCACGUUAUCCAUUGCGUCAUAGAUAUGAAGUUGUUUUAUUUAGUGGAGCAAAGCAUGUGUUUAGACGCCGUGAUAUAUUGAAGAUAAAUCCUGAUUUCCAUGCAAGUAUUAUCAAAUAUAUUACAUUUAAACAAAGCGGAACAGCAGAUUCCUUGCCUAUUACUGAAACACAAGAAAUAAAAAUGAGUCUGAAAAGCAAACUUCCUCAAAAAAGAAAACAACAACUUGCUCCUUCGAAAAUUAGCAAACUGCCAAUUGAUUCAACGAAAAUUCAAAAAAUAGAAGAAACACGUCGUCCUAAAGAUCUACCUUCAGUUGAUAAAGAACUACCUCGUCUGACGUAUACACCAAAACAAAAGCCCAAGGAUAUGAAACCAAUCUUACCUAAAAAGCUACCUGAACCGACAGAUAGUAGGAUUAAACAAUUUCAUAGGACAAUACCAUCAGUUAGUUUCACACCAAAUAUUAGUAAACCAUCUAAUAUUGGUGUUAAACCGCCAGUUUCAACAUCACCAAAGAUAUCAGUUAAGCCAACCCCACGUCAAGUAGUAGUUACGCCAAGAGAAAUUGAUAAAAAUAAAGUGAUGUCAACUCCAUUUGCCAAGCCGACAGGAAAAAGUCAAAUUAAGCCCAAAUCAACUUUGAAAUCAACACCACAAUAUACGCGUGAAACUAAAAUGAAACAAGGUGAUCAUACUAAAAUCAGUGGAACUGUUCAAGCAAGACAAUAUCUCAGAGAUAAAGACGCAAAAUUCGCUACUGCUUCAAAAAUAAAUGAAAUAUCGAGAGAAACUUUAUCUGAUUUAAAAUCCCCCAUCUCAAGUACACCAGAAACAGUUAUAAUACAAACUGCUGAUGCAUCAAAACUCACAGAGCAUACUCUUAAAAUUGAUUUGGAGGCUAAUGAAUCACUCAUACCAAUAAGCGAUUCUAAUAUGGAGCGAACAAUAAUACCCACAGAAGAAGAUGGUUCACCUUUGGAAGACAGAUAUGAUACUCACCUACCUGAGAUAAGUAUUGCUACAGUUGAAAAAACAAUAGAUAAUAAAAAUCUUGUAAAACAACUGUACGAUGAACAAAUAGCCGAGCCUAUAGAACAAGCAGAACAGUUAGAAGGUUCUGUAUCACCUGUAAUAAGUGAUAGUCAACAUGAUGUUUCAAGACAAACUGUUGAAUAUACAACCCUGGACUCUGAUAUUAAUCAACAGUUAACAAAGGUAUCAGAUGAAGAAAAUAUUGAAGUAGCCUAUGCUGGCCAGGAUUUACAAGAGUAUGAAGUAGGAUCAGGUGAAGAAAAAGUUAAAGUAGUCGACCAUGAGAGAGAUCUACAAGAUUAUCAAAUAGAAAUUAUAGAUAAGAAAGCCUCAACAUUUAAAACAUUUUCAACAUCCGAUGCUAGUGAUAAAGCAUCUGAAAAAACAGUGAGUGGUUAUGAUAAUGGUGUUGGUGUUGUUCUUGUCGACAAUGAAGUCAAAAAGGCUGAUGACGAUUACCGCAUCAAUGUAGAUUCGACAAUAUUAAGUCCUGAAAGCAGUAAACGAAGUACCCCAUUAACACCAGUAUUAGGAGCGACACCUAAACAUGAGGAAGUCGAUGAAGGUGAUCAGUUGGCUAAAGGAGUUUACAGUGAAAAUCAAUUACCACAAAUGUCACCAUUUAAAGAACAUUCAUUAAGAUCAUUUGUACUAACAACUGUGAGUACAUCGCCUGAUAUAACUACCGAGCAUGAAGGUAAAUCAUUGUUCACUCCUUUAGAAGGGGAUAAGAGUCAAUAUGGAUUAAAUGUCAUUGCAGGCAGUAGUCAACCUACUGAUUUACCUACAUCUGGUCCUACUACUCAGAGUAAAGAAGAUUAUAAUUUAACUGAUGAAUAUACUCAUUUGAAGCAUAUCAGCCCUACUGAAAGUGUUGAACAAAGUCGUGUAAAACCCAGUGGUACAGGUAUAACAACAACAACAACAGCAACCGAUCAGCCAAGUCUUAUAAAAAUCAGUCCAAGUUCUAUAACAAAAUCGGAAUUACCCGAAAAAUCAAAAUUAAUACUUGAUAGUUUAACCUUGAGUAUAAGAUCAAAUAUUACAUUGACAGAUGAAUUAAGCAAAAGUACAAGUUGUUUAACAUCCAAACAAUUAUUUAAUAUCCCACUGACAGAUUUUCGUUUAUCACAUCAAUCAUAUGCUGAACCGAAUAGUGAGCCAAUAGUUAUACGUAUUAAACACACUAUACAUUCUAAAUCAAGUUUAUAUACACCAAGAAUUGAAAAUUUUAAAUGUCAGAAACGUGUUUUAACUUCAUUUAGAUCAACGCCUAAUCUAUUGCUUAAAAGAGAUGUUACAUGGAAUACAAAAAAUACUGAUAACUGUACAAUACAUUACUUACCUUCACCGGAGUCACGACAAAAAUCGGAGUGUAUUUCAGCCUCUACAUCAUUGGACACAUUAAAGUCAUACUACUCACAAAAUGAUCUUUGUUUAACUGAUCCAAUGAAGUUGACUAUUCAUCGCCAUUUGAAUGUAAAAACGCCACCAUUAAAAAAAUAUGAAAAGGUCUCUGAUGAUAAAUACACGUCAGCAUAUGAACAGCCAAUGCCAGGUUACUCAAACUCACCUAGCCCAGUAUGUGAAACCAGUAGUACAGCAAUAAUCGCUGUUAACAGUCAUGUAACUCAUUCUGAUUUUGAUAUUUCUAGUCGAGUGAAUUCCCAGUUGUCAAUAUCACCUAAAAAUGUUGCUGAUUCUAAUGUCAGUGGAAGUUUCUGUCCACAAUCAAUCGAUUCUGUACAGUGUAAUGAUAUUUUAGAAUCAGCUUUAUUCAAUAAUGACAAAAUGGAUAAUGAACGCUUUAUUACCUACUCUCUGAAUAAUAAUGAACUAUCAGCAGUGGGGAGAUUAAAUACUUCGAACAAUUUUAUUCAAUUUAAACAAAAUAAUACUGAAAAUUUAAUAAAGAAUAUUGAACUAAAUGACGAGUAUACAUAUGUGCCGAUGGAUAGUCAAGAUUUGGACAUAGGGCAACUAAUCGAGUCUUCAAAUGAAUUAUUAUGCCAAAACAGAUCAUCUGAUACUUCGUGUGAAAGAAUAAUUUGGGAAAAUUCAGCAGAAUUAACAGGGAAAGAAUCUGUAAAAUAUAUGGGACCGAACAAUACUCCAUUUUCUUAUUCUUCAUCUUCUCUAGAUAUUCAUAUAGAUAAUAAACAGGACAAUGUAGAUAACGACACCUCGGUGCUGUUCAAUGAUUGGCAUAAAGAAUCAGCUACCACCACUAUGUAUAAAUGUCACAAUUUCAGUAGAAAUAAGUUAUUUAGACAGUCUUCACCUGCAUAUUACUUUAAUACAUCGCCUGAAAGACCAGUCACAAUGGAAACGCCAGAUAUUGAUUUUAUUAAUUCCUCGAAAAGUGAUUUAAGCAGGAAUUCACAGUCUGGAAUAAAGUUUUCAGAGGUUUUAUUUGAAAUACCUCAGGAUAUUAACAACGGCAGUAAAUUUAAAAAAUACGAACUUGACGGAAUAUCACAAAAGUGUUUAAGUAAGCAGCGAAAUACAAAUUAUUUUCUUCUGUAUACAGAUAACCAUGUACACCAACCUAAUUUAGAAACAACAAUACAUCUGAAACAGGCAUGA